UAUAAAAACCCCACAACCCCCAUGCAAGCAGAGCCAAGCAACGCAAAGGGAGUGAAAGAAAGUGAGGAAGAAAGGUUUAGAGAGAGAUAGAGAAUCAUAAGAGACAAUGGAGGUAGAAGCAGCGAACAAAGAGGAGCAGCCUCAGCAGCAGCAGCAGCCGUGGGGGCGUCGUCCCAGCCCCAUGAGGAAGAUGGUCACGGUGGCGGCCAUCGCGGCCGGGGUGCAGUUCGGGUGGGCGCUGCAGCUGUCGCUGCUGACGCCGUACGUGCAGCUGCUCGGCAUCGGCCACAAGUGGGCAGCCUUCAUCUGGCUGUGCGGGCCCAUCUCCGGCAUGAUCGUCCAGCCCGUCGCCGGCUACCACAGCGACCGCUGCACCUCCCGCUUCGGGCGCCGCCGCCCCUUCAUCGCCGGCGGCGCCUCCCUCGUCGCCCUCGCGGUCCUCCUCAUCGGCUACGCCGCAGACCUCGGCCACCUCUUCGGCGACGGCCAAAACAGGACCCUGAAGCCCCGCGCCGUCGCCGUGUUCGUCCUCGGGUUUUGGAUCCUCGACGUGGCCAACAACCUGUUGCAGGGACCAUGCCGAGCGCUCUUGGCCGACCUCUCGGCGGGCAGCCAGAAGAAGACCCGGGCGGCGAACGCCUUGUUCUCCUUCUUCAUGGCGGUAGGCAACAUCCUCGGCUACGCCGCCGGCUCCUACCCCAACCUCCACCACCUCCUCCCCUUCACCAAGACCGCCGCCUGCGAAGUUUACUGCGCCAACCUCAAGACUUGCUUCCUCAUCUCCAUCGCCCUCCUCGUUUCCCUCACCGCCCUCGCCCUCUCCACCGUCCACGAUCCCCCCUUGUCGGAGCUCCGCGCCGACCCGGCCAGCGAGCCGGCAGGCAGUGAGCGGCGUCGCGGGCCGUUCCUAAAGGAGAUAUUCGGGGCACUGCGUAGCAUGAAGAGGCCAAUGUGGACCCUGCUCAUCGUGACGUGCCUCAACUGGGUCGCAUGGUUUCCUUUCCUGCUGUUCGACACGGAUUGGAUGGGACGGGAAAUCUAUGGAGGGACGGUCAACGAGGGGCAGUUGUACGGGAUGGGGGUGAGGGCUGGCGCGCUGGGGUUGAUGCUCAACUCCGUCGUUGCGGGGUUGACGUCGCUGGCCAUCGAGCACUUGGCUCGCGGGACUGGCGGCGUGAAGAGGCUCUGGGGGCUGGUGAAUUUCCUGUUGGCCGUGUGCUUGUGCUUGACCAUUUUGGUGGCCAAGCUGGCUGAGAGGCAGCGGAGGUUCUCGCCCGACAUGCCCGGAGGUGGCAGCGGUGGCAGCUCGAUUAGCGAAGCCUUGCCUCCGGCCGUCAGGGUGAAGGUCGCUGCAUUGGUGCUUUUCGCAGUGAUGGGCAUUCCGCUCGCUGUCACUUGCAGCGUUCCUUUUGCUCUGGCAUCUAUAUUCUCCAAUACUUCCGGCACAGGUCAAGGGCUAUCUUUGGGGGUGCUAAAUCUCGCCAUUGUGAUGCCACAGAUGGUGAUAUCAGUGACGAGCGGACCAUUCGAUGAACUACUUGGAGGAGGCAACUUGCCGGCGUUCGUGGUCGGAGCGAUCGCAGCGGCUGCAAGCGGCGUUCUUGCCCUGACUCUGCUUCCAUCUCCACUUCCCGACGUCUCUCCACCAGCCACACCUGAAAAUGUCUCUGCUGCAAAUGUCGAGAACGUCAAAUGAUGUUUACAUUUAGCAUCUCUCUCUCUCUCUCUCUCUCCCAGAUGUAAGAAACCCUCUUGGAUGAUAAAUGACUCUGGGUCGUGGGACACCAAAGGGAUGGCCGAAACAGGCCACUUUUGGGGCCACACCAAAGGCAAUUGCAAAUGAAAUUAGCUUGUUCCAUCCAUUGAAAUCAAUAUAAACUUUCUCCCCAGUUAAAACCCA